AUGAGAGGGCCUGUUACUAUAUUACUACAGAUUUUAUUGAUUGUUGUAAUUAUAUUUUCUUCACUACCUGUGGAUGCAUGGGCGGCGUUUGGGCACAUGGUUGUUGCUGAAAUUGCUAAACGUAAUUUAGAUGCAGACGUGCUGGAGAAGGUGAAGCAGUACACGCAACAUCUCUCUGAGAGCGGUCCGUUCCCCAAAAUCCCUGAUUUUGUCCAAAGCGCGUGUUGGCCCGAUGACCUGAAAAGCUAUGACCUAGGGGUCAUGAACGGUUGGCAUUAUACAGCAAAUGUAUACAAUCGUGAUGGUUUCGAGUUGAAAGAGCCACUGCAACAAAAAUCUAACAUAGUAAGUGUAAUAGACAGUCUCUCCGCGACAUUAAGCUAUCAUGAAACCCCUUUGUACGUACGCUCCUUUGCGCUUGCCCACCUCAUCCAUCAUUACGGUGACAUUCAUCAACCCUUGCACACCACUUCGCAAGUAUCUUCUGAAUACAAAACAGGAGACCUUGGAGGUAACUUAGUGCAUGUGCGGGUGAGGAACACCACUACAAAACUGCAUUCAUUCUGGGAUGAUAUUUGCCGUCCUAGUAUUUCCAUGAAGCGCCCUCUGGAGGAAAAGCACUACGCAAAGGUAAGGAGUUUUGCCGACCGUUUAGUGGAGACGUACGAUGUCUCCUGGGAGCACAGGAGGCAAACUAACGCAACUAUUAUGUCCAUGGAAGGCUUUGAACUCGCAAAGGAGAUUGCUUAUGCUGGUGUUGUUAAUGGCAGUCAAUUGAGCUCCCAAUACGUGGAUAGAUGCGUGGAAACUGCAGAGCAGCGUAUACUCUAG